AUGGAGCAGAGCGGCAGCCACAGCGAUGUGGCUAGCUCUCACUCAAACUCCAGUCAAUAUGAAGCAAUUCAUGCCCCGCAGCGAGACCAGCGACCGCAGAUGGAGGAGCGCAGUAACAGUAGAGCGUUUGAGGAACUGAGCGACGGAGAUAGAGAGGAGCUGGCUCGCAUCGCAUCCAACUUUCCCAAGCAACAGACAGCCAGCAAUGGAACCAACGGUCAAGGCCUCAAGAGAAAGGAAACUGCGGGAAGCAUCAACCUCGACGACCCAGCCCUUGACCCGACCGGCGAUAAGUUCGAUCAUUACAAAUGGUCAAGGAUGAUGCUCAAGUUGAUGGACCGACAGGGUAUUCCACGGCCUCCGUCGACUGGAGUAGUGUUCCAAAAUCUCAACAUCUCGGGGUCCGGCUCAGAGCUCCAAUACCAGAACUGCGUGCCCGAUUUGCUGUUAGCACCGUUCCGACCACAGGACUACGUUAGUUUUGGAAAAACACCGGUGAAACACAUCCUACGCGACUUCAAUGGACUCCUCAAGAGCGGCGAACUGCUGAUUGUCUUGGGGCGGCCCGGUAGCGGUUGUUCAACAUUCCUCAAGUCUAUCUGCGGCGAACUGCACGGGCUGAAGCUUCGCAAGAGCUCCGAGAUGCAAUACAACGGGGUACCCAUGGAGAGGAUGCACAAAGAGUUCAAAGGAGAGACCCUAUAUAAUCAGGAGGUGGAUAAACAUUUCCCUCACUUGACGGUUGGAGAGACGCUAGAAUUUGCCGCGGCAGCUAGGACCCCAGAGCAUCGAUUGCAAGGAGUCAAACGACAAACAUUUGCUAAGCAUAUCACCAAAGUCGCAAUGUCCAUAUUCGGUCUAACACAUACAUAUAACACUAAGGUGUCCGGGGCACCUCUAGCGGCGUGGGACAAUAGCACCAGAGGACUUGAUUCUGCCAGUGCUUUGGAGUUCAUCAAGGCAUUGCGGGUUUCUUCAGACUUGGUCGGAUCAUGCCACGCAGUCGCCAUUUACCAAGCUUCGCAGCCGAUCUACGAUCAAUUCGAUAAAGCCAUAGUUCUAUACGAAGGCCGAGAGAUAUACUUUGGUCCCUGCAGCGAAGCAAGAGACUACUUCAUGGAGAUGGGUUGGGACUGUCCGCCGCGCCAGACGACGGGUGACUUUUUGACUUCCGUUACAAACCCCCGAGAACGUCAAGCUCGUGAAGGGAUGGAGAAUAAGGUCCCCCGUACCCCCGAUGAUUUUGUUGAUUAUUGGAAGAAGAGCCGUUUUUGUGCCGACCUUCAAGUACAGAUCGAAGAAUAUCGCCAGGAGUUCCCACCUGGGGGCGAGUCAGAACAGACAUUUUUGGAGAUGAAGAAAUUCAGGCAAGCAAGGCAUGUUCGGCCGAAGAGUCCUUAUGUUAUCUCUGUCCCCAUGCAGAUUAAGAUGUGCACAAUAAGAGCUUAUCAAAGGAUCUGGAAUGAUAAACCCUCGACAUUGACAUUAUUCAUUGGGCGGACUGCGAUGUCUCUCAUUAUUGGCUCUAUAUAUUACGGGACGCCAAAUGCUUCGGCGGGUUUCCAGAGCAAGGGAGCUGCUCUCUUCUUUGCUGUGCUUAUGAACGCCCUUAUUAGUAUCACGGAGAUCAAUUCACUUUACGACCAGCGACCCGUUGUCGAGAAACAAGCCUCUUAUGCUUUUGUUCACCCAUUCGCUGAAGCCUUUGGAGGUAUUGUAUCCGAUCUUCCAGUGAAAUUUAUUUCUGCUGUGAUUUUCAAUGUCAUAUUCUAUUUCUUGGCUGGUUUGCGAUAUGCGCCAUCACAGUUUUUUAUCUUCUUCCUCUUUACAUUCCUCAGCACACUUGCGAUGUCCGGAGUUUUUCGAACCCUUGCCGCAUCAACGAAGACGUUGGCACAGGCGAUGGCUAUGGCCGGUGUGAUAGUUUUGGCUAUUGUAAUCUACACUGGUUUCGUGAUCCCCGUGCCGCAGAUGUCGUCCAUUCCAUGGUUCAGCUGGAUCCGUUGGAUCAACCCUGUCUUCUAUACAUUUGAGUCCUUGGUUGCGAACGAGUUUCACGGUCGGCGAUUUAUCUGUUCUCAAUUUGUGCCUGCAUAUCCAACCCUGAGUGGCGACUCCUUUGUCUGCGCCGUUCGGGGGGCGGUUGCUGGAGAGAGAACCGUCGACGGAGACGCCUUUAUCCAAGCCCAAUACACCUACACCUACACACAUGAAUGGAGAAAUCUGGGUAUCUUGAUCGGCUUUUGGAUCUUCUUCACGGCCAUAUAUCUGAUCGCUACGGAGCUCAAUUCCACGACGUCGUCAAAGGCUGAAUUCUUAGUCUUCCGGCGUGGUCACGUACCACCGCAAAUGCGCCAUCUCGAAAAACCUACCGCGAACACGGACCUUGCGUCAGGAGACAUUGGCCAAGACAAUGAAAAGAGGGAAGACCCGCCAGAGAGAGAUGCUUCUGUUAUACCGGAACAACACAGCAUAUUCACCUGGAGAAAUGUGUGCUACGAUAUCCCAGUCAAGGGAGGGCAACGGCGACUUUUGGACAAUGUUUCCGGAUGGGUCAAACCCGGCACGCUUACAGCGUUGAUGGGUGUCUCCGGAGCAGGGAAAACCACCCUCCUAGAUGUUCUAGCCAAGCGGGUGUCUAUCGGUGUUGUUUCCGGUGAGAUGUUGGUGGAUGGAAAGCCUCCUGACACUAGUUUUCAACGGAAAACAGGGUAUGUUCAGCAGCAAGAUCUUCACCUUUCCACUACCACGGUAAGGGAGGCACUGCGCUUCAGUGCACUCCUCCGCCAGCCAAAGUCGGUCUCCAAGAGUGAGAAAUACAAAUUUGUUGAAGAAAUCAUAGAGAUGCUCGACAUGCAUGACUUUGCAGACGCAAUUGUUGGAGUGCCCGGGGAAGGGCUGAACGUCGAGCAGCGGAAGCUCCUGACAAUUGGCGUCGAGCUGGCUGCGAAGCCCGCCCUGUUAAUUUUCCUUGAUGAGCCGACAAGUGGUUUGGACUCUCAAAGCUCCUGGGCAAUCUGUUCUUUUCUUCGCAAGCUGGCGGCUCAUGGCCAGGCGGUGCUGUCCACGAUCCAUCAGCCAAGCGCACUGCUCUUCCAGCAGUUUGACCGUCUGCUGUUUCUGGCAAAGGGCGGGAAGACCGUUUAUUUCGGGGAAAUUGGCGAACAGUCCCAUACGAUGCUCGAGUACUUUGAACGGAAUGGAGCACGCCCUUGUGACUCCAAAGAAAAUCCGGCUGAAUAUAUGCUCGAGAUCAUCGGGGCUGGUGCAUCGGGCAAAUCCACCAAAGACUGGUCGAUAGUCUGGAAUGAGAGUCAGGAAGCGAAAGAUGUGCAAAGAGAGAUCGAUCGGAUCCACGACGAGCGAGCACCGAUAUCUGACAAUGAUACGGACGAUGGUACCCAGCACCAGGAAUAUGCCAUGCCCUUCGUUUAUCAGCUGUGGUAUGUGUCGCAUCGGGUAUUUCAGCAAUAUUGGCGGGAACCAGCGUACAUAUGGGCGAAAUUGAUCCUGGCAGCGGCUUCGGCUGUGUUCAUUGGAUUCACCUUUUUCAAACCGCAAAGCUCCAUGCAAGGGUUCCAAGACGUGUUGUUCAGCGCUUUUAUGCUCAUGGCGGUUUUCUCCACUUUGGUGCAACAGAUCAUGCCCAAGUUCGUGGUCCAGCGUUCGCUGUACGAGGUGCGCGAGCGACCCUCGAAGGCAUACUCAUGGGCUGCUUUUCUUAUCGCCAAUGUGAUCGUGGAAUUUCCGUGGCAGAUACUCGCGGGAGUGAUCUCAUGGGCCUCAUAUUAUUUCCCGAUCUACGACUCGCACCAGUCGCCCCAGCGCCAGGGUCUUAUGUUGCUCUUCGUCACGCAGUUCUACCUAUUCACCUCGACGUUCGCCUCGUUCAUUAUCGCGGCCCUCCCCGAUGCCGAGACUGGUGGUACCAUCGCGACGUUGUUGUUCAUCAUGGCAACGAUCUUCAACGGUGUGAUGCAGCCACCGAACGCCCUCCCCGGCUUCUGGAUCUUCAUGUACCGGGUAUCCCCACUGACAUACCUGAUCGCGGGCUUAACAGCGACGGGGCUCCACGGCCGACCCAUCAUCUGCUCCCGCGAGGAGUUGAGCGUCUUCAACCCGCCGUCCGGAAUGACAUGCGGUGAUUACCUAGGCCCAUACUUACAGCAGGCGCCAGGCCGACUGUACAACCCAGCCGCGACACAAGGCUGCGAGUACUGCCAGUUCCGGAGCGCCGACCAGUACCUCUCAAUGACCAAUAUCUUCUGGAGCGAGCGCUGGCGCAACUACGGCCUCGGAUGGGCCUACGUCGGAUUCAACAUCAUGGGCACAGUCGUCCUAUACUAUCUCUUCCGAGUCAAGCACUACAACCCCACAUCCCCGAUCCGUGGCCUCGUACGCGGCGCAAAGUUCCUGUGUCGGGUGUUCAAGCGACGUUCAGGCGAGACGCCCAAGGGGAGGGAAGCAGAGAAUGGACGAUUGGUCUGA